CAUACCUGUGGUCCCAGAUACUCGAGAGGCUGAGGUGGGAGGAUCAUUUGAAACUAAGAGGUCAAGGGUGCAUGAUAUGAGCCAUGAUCACUGCACUCCAGCCUGAGCAACAGAGUGAGACCCUGUCUCAAAAAAAAAAAAAAAAAAAAAAAGGGAAAAAGAAAACUGUCUAGACUCUACAGAUUGUAGGAUUGAGCCAGGAAAACACUAUAAAUAAAACUAAACAAACAGAUCAUUACAGUGUUGUCUCUAAAUUGUAAGAGUGUGCCUCAGUAAUAACCCAUAAUUCAUGCAAUUGUGACCAGACCAGCUAGUUCUUCUAUGAAGAACUAUAAGGUGCAAUGAGAGGAAAUGGGGUACCUGAGUGCAGCUGGUCCACGGAAGACUUUUCUGAGCUCUAGGUAAAGUCAACUGGGUAAAGAGGUGGAAGAUAAAUAAAUAUACUAUUUGUCAUUUAUUUUUUAAAAAUGGGUAGGGAUGGUUUCCAGGAAAUCAAUUCUUGUCAUAGGCUAAAAAAAAUGUCUUAAAACAUGGAGUUAGGGGGAGCAUUUUAUGCAGUAGUCAUUUUCUCUUCCACGCUGCUGGUGAUGGUUAAGAGUAGGCACCACAGGGAAAGACUGUGUUUCAUUUGAUGUGUAUCCCAAUGUGUCGCACAGGGCCUGGCUUCUGAGGAAAUGCUGUUAAAAAUAGUUUCCAGUGUGCUGAGAGCUGGUGGCCAGUGUGACUGAGUGAGCUGUGUGCCGUGUAUUGACCUGCUUCCUAGUCCUGAAUUCCUUUUGGAAGCUCCGGCAGGGAGGAUGAUACAGUCAGACAAAGGAGCAGAUCCACCAGACAAGAAGGACAUGAAGCUUUCUACAGCCACCAAUCCGCAGAAUGGCCUCUCCCAGAUCCUGAGGCUUGUGCUGCAAGAGCUGAGUCUGUUCUACAGCAGAGACGUGAAUGGAGUGUGUCUCUUGUACGAUCUUCUCCACUCGCCGUGGCUUCAGGCUCUGCUAAAAAUUUAUGACUGCCUCCAGGAGUUUAAAGAAAAGAAACUAGUUCCUGCCACACCCCAUGCACAGGCGUUAUCCUAUGAGGUAGUGGAGUUAUUACGUGAAACCCCUACUUCCCCUGAGAUCCAAGAGCUGAGACAAAUGCUCCAGGCUCCACACUUUAAGGCCUUGCUCAGUGCCCAUGACACGAUAGCUCAGAAAGAUUUUGAACCCCUUCUCCCUCCGCUGCCAGACAAUAUCCCUGAGAGUGAGGAAGCAAUGAGGAUUGUUUGUUUGGUGAAAAACCAACAGCCCCUGGGAGCCACCAUCAAGCGCCACGAGAUAACAGGAGACAUCUUGGUGGCCAGGGUCAUCCACGGCGGGCUGGCGGAGAGGAGUGGGUUGCUGUAUGCUGGAGACAAACUGGUAGAAGUGAAUGGAGUUUCAGUUGAGGGACUGGACCCUGAACAAGUGAUCCAUAUUCUGGCCAUGUCUCGAGGCACAAUCAUGUUCAAGGUGGUUCCAGUCUCUGACCCUCCUGUGAAUAGCCAGAAAAUGGUGUACGUUCGUGCCAUGACUGAGUACUGGCCCCAGGAGGAUCCUGACAUCCCCUGCAUGGACGCUGGAUUGCCUUUCCAGAAGGGGGACAUCCUCCAGAUUGUGGACCAGAAUGAUGCCCUCUGGUGGCAGGCCCGAAAAAUCUCAGACCCUGCUACCUGCGCUGGGCUUGUCCCUUCUAACCACCUUCUGAAGAGGAAGCAACGGGAAUUCUGGUGGUCUCAGCCAUACCAGCCUCACACCUGCCUCAAGUCAACCUUAUCAAUUUCUAUGGAAGAAGACGAUGACAUGAAGAUUGAUGAGAAAUGUGUGGAAGCAGAUGAAGAAACAUUUGAAUCUGAGGAACUUUCCGAAGACAAGGAGGAAUUUGUUGGCUAUGGUCAGAAGUUCUUUAUAGCUGGCUUCCGCCGCAGCAUGCGCCUGUGUCGCAGGAAGUCUCACCUCAGCCCGCUGCAUGCCAGUGUGUGCUGCACCGGCAGCUGCUACAGUGCAGUGGGUGCCCCUUACGAGGAGGUGGUGAGGUACCAGCGACGCCCUUCAGACAAGUACCGCCUCAUAGUGCUCAUGGGACCCUCUGGUGUUGGAGUAAAUGAGCUCAGAAGACAACUUAUUGAAUUUAAUCCCAGCCAUUUUCAAAGUGCUGUGCCACACACUACUCGUACUAAAAAGAGUUAUGAAAUGAAUGGGCGUGAGUAUCACUAUGUGUCCAAGGAAACAUUUGAAAGCCUCAUAUAUAGUCACAGGAUGCUGGAGUAUGGUGAGUACAAAGGCCACCUGUAUGGCACUAGUGUGGAUGCUGUUCAAACAGUCCUUGAUGAAAGAAAGAUCUGUGUCAUGGACUUAGAGCCUCAGGAUAUUCAAGUGGUUCGAACUCAUGAACUGAAGCCCUAUGUCAUAUUUAUAAAGCCAUCGAAUAUGAGGUGUAUGAAACAAUCUCGGAAAAAUGCCAAGAUUAUUACUGACUACUUUGUGGACAUGAAGUUCAAGGAUGAAGACCUACAAGAGAUGGAAAAUUUAGCCCAAAGAAUGGAAACUCAGUUUGGCCAAUUUUUUGAUCAUGUGAUUGUGAAUGACAGCUUGCAUGAUGCAUGUGCCCAGUUGUUGUCUGCCAUACAGAAGGCUCAGGAGGAGCCUCAGUGGGUACCAGCAACAUGGAUUUCCUCAGAUACUGAGUCUUAAUGAGACUUCUUGUUUAAUGCUGGAGUUUUAACACUGUGCCCUUGUUACAGCGAUCCACAGUUGCAAUCUAAAACAGCAGUAUUUGACCCAUUAUAAUGUGUACAACUUUAAAAGUGCAGUAGUUUAUUAAUUAAUCUUAUUUGAAAAAAUUUUUAUUGUAUGGUUAUGUAGUUACCUAUUUGGCUCUUAAAAAAUUGUUUUUUCCUUUAUCUCAUAUGCAGCUGUAGUAGAAACAUAAAUAAUGUUAAGUCACUGAGUAUGAGAACCUUUUGCAGAUUUCAUAUCUUUUAAAGAUUUAAAUAAAGAGCUUUCCUAAAUAUAAUAAGCAAUAUUUAACUU